AAACACAUGUAUUUUCCAGUUUAAAUUUAGCGAAUUGGUCCUCUGCCUGUGCCUUGAUUUAGCUAUUGGGUCCAGCCUUGCUCCUCCCUUCCCUGUUCAGAUAGGAGCCACUGGGAUCUGGAGCUCCUGCUUCCAAAUUGAAGCUGGCCUCAGGCCAGGUGACCUUUUCUUUGAUUCUCUUACCCAGGCAUCUCCUCCAGUGGGAUCCGCCAGCUCGUCCAGCAGCACCAUGUGGGUGACCAAACUCCUGCCAGUCCUGCUGCUGCAGCAUGUUCUCCUACACCUCCUUCUGCUUCCCAUCGCCAUCCCCUAUGCAGAAGGACAGAGGAAAAGAAGAAAUACACUUCAUGAAUUCAAAAAGUCAGCAAAAACUACCUUAAUUAAAGAAGACCCAUCACUGAAGAUAAAAACCAAAAAAAUGAACACAGCAGACCAAUGUGCCAAUAGAUGUAUUAGGAAUAAAGGACUUCCAUUUACUUGCAAGGCCUUUGUUUUUGAUAAGGCAAAGAAACGAUGUCUCUGGUUCCCAUUCAAUAGCAUGUCAAGUGGAGUGAAAAAAGGGUUCGGCCAUGAAUUUGACCUCUAUGAAAACAAAGACUACAUUAGAAAUUGCAUCAUUGGCAAAGGGGGCAGCUACAAGGGAACGGUAUCUAUCACUAAGAGCGGCAUCAAAUGCCAGCCCUGGAAUUCCAUGAUACCACACGAACACAGCUUUUUGCCUUCGAGCUAUCGAGGUAAAGACCUACAGGAAAACUACUGUCGAAACCCUCGAGGGGAAGAAGGGGGACCAUGGUGUUUCACAAGCAAUCCAGAGGUACGCUACGAAGUCUGUGACAUUCCUCAGUGUUCAGAAGUUGAAUGCAUGACCUGCAAUGGGGAAAGUUAUCGAGGUCCCAUGGAUCACACAGAAUCAGGCAAGAUUUGCCAACGCUGGGAUCAGCAGACGCCACACCGGCACAAAUUCUUGCCAGAAAGAUAUCCCGACAAGGGCUUUGAUGAUAAUUACUGCCGCAAUCCUGAUGGCAAGCCGAGGCCAUGGUGCUAUACUCUUGACCCUGACACCCCCUGGGAUUAUUGUGCAAUUAAAAUGUGCGAUCUGCUAAUAAAAGGAAAUAUUUUGGCCACUGAAAUGAAGCCCAUAGAAAGGGGAUGUUCCUGGCAUGUGACUGCAGAAUCUGGAAGCCUCUCAGAGUGGAACACGAUGUUCCAGGGAAACUGAAUCAUUUGUUUUGUCCUUUAAAAUAAAAGACAAUUCCUCUGACAGUGUUGCUCUGUAUAGAAGGGUUAGUUCCAGUCAUAGACUUUUUAAUUUUAUGCAUCUUUCCAUCAUUCUAGACUAUUUAAGUCCAAUAAUCCAACUGUUUCCCUUCACUUGUAAUGUGUCUUAGAUAUUCUUAUAAAUCUUCUCUGGAACGAGACAAGCAUAAGUACACACUCGCGUGUGCCUGCGUGCACUCAGAUGCACGCUCACCCUCCAGCUGGCACGCACCCACUAAAAAUUCAAACGUUGCCCUACUCUUCAGUUCCGAAUCAGUCUUUAGACUAUUUUUUAAAAAGACUGUGAGAGGAAAGAAAAUAAAUAUGACACUUCUGACCUAUUACAUAGGCUUCUUCUUUUCUGUCCAAAUAGGAAUGGGCUAAUUAUGCAAGUAAUAUGCAAUGAUUCUGAUGGCUUUGUUAAAGAGACGGUGGCACUUAUAGGAUAAGAAUUCUAAGAAAAUGGUAGUAGAGUUUAUGAGCCAAACCUAUAUAGUUUAGAUUAAAAAAGUCUUUUGAGCCUUGAGAAAAUUUUAGAAAUAGUUCAUUAUAGGAAACUAUUAGUUUUUAGACUAUAAUACAUGAAAACAGAGACUAUAAAAUAAAGAGACUAUACUGUUAUUAAAAUGAAUGGAACAAAACUGAUAUUCUAGAAAGCAUAAGGGAUAAUUUUUUUUUUCGUGCUUAAUAUGUGGACUUUUAAAAAAAUUUUUAUUGUGCUUUAAGUGAAAGUUUGCAAAUCAAGUCAGUCUCUCGUACAAAAAUUUAUAUACAACUUGCUAUAUGCUCCUGGAAACCCUGGUGGCAUAGUGGUUAAGUGCUAGAACUGCUAACCAAGAGGUCGGCAAUUUGAAUCCACCAGGCGCUCCUUGGAAAUCCUAUGGGGCAGUUCUACUCUGUCCUAUAGGGUCACUAUGAGUCAGGAUUGACUUGAUGGCAGUGGAUUUGGAUUUUUAUAUACUCCUAAUUGCUCUUCCCUGAUGAGAAAGCACACUCCUUCUCUCCACUCUCUAUUUUCAUGUCCGUUCAGCGAGCUUCUGACCCCCUCUGCUAUCUCACCUCCCCCAGAUAUUAGCUGCACACAUAGUCUCACGUGUCUACUUGAUCCAAGAAGCCCGCUCCUCACCAGUAUCAUUUUCUGUCCCAUAGUCCAGAGGAGUUGGCUUAUGGGAAUGAUUCCUGUCUUGGGCUAACAGAAGGUCUGGGGACCAUGACCUCCAGGGUCCUUCUAGUCUCAGUCAGACCACUAAGUCUGGUCUUUCUAUGAGAAUUUGCGGUCUAUAUCCCACUUCUCUCCUACUCCCUCAGAGAUUCUCUGUUGUGUUCCCUGUCAGGGCAGUCAUUAGUUGUAGUCGGACACCAUCUAGUUCUUCUGGCCUCAGGCUGGUGGAGUCUCUGGUUUAUAUGGCCCUUUCUGUCUCUUGGGCUCAUAAUUACCUUGUGUCAUUGGUAUUCUUCGUUCUCCUUUGCUCCAGGUGGGUUGAGACCAAUUGAUGCAUCUUAGAUGGCCGCUUGCUAGCAUUUAAGAUCCCAGAUGCCACUCUCCAAAGUGGGAUGCAGAAUGUUUUCUUAAUAGAUUUUAUUAUGCCGAUUGACUUAGAUGUCCCCUGAAACCAUGGUCCCCAAACCCCAGCCUCUGCUAUGCUGGUCUUUGAAGCAUUCAGUUUAUUUAGGAAACUGCUUUCGGUUUAGUCCAGUUGUGCCACCUAUCCCGUAUCGUGUAUUAUCUUUCCCUUCAUCUAAAAUAAAAAAAAAAAAAAAAAUAGCUCCUACUAAUUAGUGAAAACCCCUCUCCUUCCCUCCCUCUCUACUCUCAUAACCAUCAAAGAAUAUUUUCUUUUCUGUUUAAACUAUUUUUCGAGUUCUUAUAAUAGUGCUCUCAUACAAUAUUUGUCCUUUUACAACUGACUAAUUUCACUCAGCAUAAUGCCGUCCAGAUUCCUCCAUGUUAUGAAAUGUUUCACAGAUUCAUCAUUGUUCUUUAUUGAUGUGUAGUAUUCCAUUGUGUGAAUAUACCAUAAUUUAUUUAUCCAUUCAUCCAUUGAUGGGCACCUUAGUUGCUUCCAUCUUUUUGCUAUUGUAAACACUGCUGCAAUAAACGUGGGUGUGCAUAUAUCUGUUCGUGUAAAGGCUCUUAUUUCUCUAGGAUAUAUUCCAAGGAGUGGGAUUGCUGGAUUGUAUGGUAGUUCUAUUUCUAGCUUUUUAAGGAAGCACCAAAUUGAUUUCCAAAGUAGUUAUACCAUUUUACAUUCCCACCAGCAGUCUGUAAGUGUUCCAGUCUCUCCACAACCUCUCCAACAUUUAUUAUUCUGUGUUUUUUGGAUUAAUGCCAGCCUUGUUGGGGUGAGAAGGAAUCUCAUUGAAGUUUUGAUUUGCAUUUCUCCAAUAAUGAGCAUUUUCUCAUGUUAGCUACCUGAAUGUCUUCUUUAGUCAAGUGCCUGUUAAUAUCCUUUGCCCAUUUAAUAAUUGGGUUAUUUGUCUUUUUGUAGUUGAAUUUUUGCAGUAUCAUCUAGAUUAUAGAGAUCAGACACUGCUCGGAAAUGCUUUAGCUAAAAACUUUUUCCCAGUCUGUAGGUAAUCUUUUUACUCUUUUGAUGAAGUCUUUGGAUGAGCAUAGGUGUUUGAUUUUUAGGAGCUCCCAGUUAUCUAGUUUCUGGUGUUUGUGCAUUGUUAGUAAUGUUUUGUAUAAUGUUUAUGCCAUGUAUUAGGGCUCUUAGCAUUGUCCCUAUUUUUUCUUCCAUGAUCUUUAUUGUUUUAGAUUUUAUAUUUAGUUCUUUGAUCCAUUUUGAGUUAGUUUUUGUGCAUGGAGUGAGGUAUGGGUCUUGUUUCAUUUUUUCGCAGAUGAGUAUCUAGUUAUGCCAUCACCAUUUGCUAAAGAGACUGUCUUUUGCACAUUUAACUGACUUUGGGCCUUUGUCAAAUAUCAGCUACUCGUAUGUGGAUGGAUUUAUGUCUGGAUUCUCAAUUCCAUUCCAUUGGUCUAUGUAUGUGUUGUCCCAGUACCAGGCUGUUUUGACUAUUGUGGCAGUAUAAUAGGUUCCAAAAUCAGGUAGAGUGGGGCCUCCCACUUUGUUCUUCUUUUUUAGUAAUGCUUUACUUACCUGCGGCCCCUUUCCAUAAGGGAUAAUGUUUAAUGAAUAUUCUGCCAAGUAUUUUGGCUUACAUAUACGAUGAAGCCUAUAAUGUACACUAUGAGUCAGAAUUGACUGGACAGCAACGGGUUUGUUUUUUUUUUUUUUAAAAUGUAUACCUGAAUUUUGUGGUGGUUUUAAUUAUGUAUUAGUUUUCUAUUGUUGCAUAACAAAUUACCAAAAAUUUAGCAUAUAUUUAUUAUCUCAUAGUUUCUGUGGGUUAGGAAUCUAUGCAUGACUCAGGUGAGUUCUCUGUUCAGAGCCUCACAAGAUCACAAUCAGAGUGUCCUCCAGGCUUGUCGGUCUCAUCUAAGACUCAGGGUUCCCUUCCUAGUUCACGGUUUUUGGCACAAUGAAGUUUUUUGUGGUCGUAGUCUUGAGGCCCUCAGCUCCUAGUGACUGUCUGAUAUUCCCUCCACAUGGCCUUUUCCACAGUAUGACAACUCUUUUUUUAAAGGGCUCGUCUGAUUAGGUUGGGCCCACUUGGGGUCAUCUCCCUGUUGAUUAACUUCAAUCAACUGAUCAGAGACUUUAACUGCAUGUCUGCAAAAUCUCCUUACCUUUGCUUAUAAUGUAACCAACCUAAUUACAGGAGUUGCUACCCCAUAAUAUUCACAAGUCCCACACACAUUCAAGGGCAGAAGAUUAGACAGUGUAUGUGUAACAGUGUGUGGGAAUCUUGGGCCAUCUCGAAAUUCUAUCACACAAAUAUUUACAUGUGCUGGAUGUAACAGAAAAUUGAUUGCUUUUUAUUUUGAUCAUUAAAGGCCUAGGACAGCUUCCUGGUUAUUACUCAGUCCCAAUGACUUGAAUUCAUUAUGAGAUUUCGGUAUGUUGGAAGAAAAUAACAGAGAUGAUGGCUGUGUCACUUGCCUCUCUAAAGUUGAAGGGACAUUUUGAAAUUCUUGUUUCAUUAUACAAUAAUUAUAUUAGAAACUCAUAAUUGCCACCAUUUGUUUAGUACCUGUAGAUAGGUGCUUUCAAUUCACUAUUAAUACUCGUCAUUUCAGUUCUACAAAAUGACUCUCAUUAGGCCAGUGAGUAAAGGUGCAAAGACGUGGAUGGGUGGAGCAACACUGCAGUAUUCAGGAUGUGGUAGUAGGUUGAUGUGGGUAGGGCUUGAGGGGAAAAUAGGGAAAUGGAAAAAGAUAAAAAUUGGGUUGAUGUGAGGCAGAUCACGCAGUUUAUCUAGUUGCCAUGAGCAUCACUGAAAAUUAAGGAAGGGAGUGAUCUUAUCUGAUUUGUGAUCUAGAAUUGUGGUCUCCAAAGAGGCUUCAUGAAACCUAGGGGAACACAAAGAUCCUCCUAAAAGUCUGUGAAUAUGGAUAGUUUAAGGGACUCAAGUUUCUGCUUCUCAACUUCCAUCUGAAUUCCUUCCCAAAGUCCUUUGCCUGAAAUGCAUCUGCUCUUAAGGAGUCAUGCCAACUCAACACUCCUACUUCCCCAUUCACAACCACCCUUCUCCUACUUUACUAAAAAGAGGAAGACAACCCAUUCCUCCCGAACUUUACUGUGGUGUAUUGUCACACAGUGCUAAACCAUUGAGACACUAAGCAAACUUUGCCUAUACAUUUUAGCAAAAUACAUUACCAAAUAUAUAUUCAUGCUGUUUGUCAUUUAUGGAUCACUAAUAAUUGUACUACAAAUUGACCCGACAGCUACUAGCAACAACAACAUAUAAUUACCCUCACUUUGCCCAGAAAAUAUAUAUAUA